UCCGGAUGUUGCGUGACGCAGUGAGUCGCGCAGCCGCAGAGGAGCGGGCAGAGGGAGGUCGAGCGCUCUCAGGUUGGCUGACCCGGAGGGGAGCCCCCGUGGUAGAGGGGACCGGAGCUGAGCAUUUCAGAUCUGCUUAGUGAACCGGUAUAUCACCCACCAUGCUGGCUGCAAGGCUUGUGUGUCUCCGGACACUGCCUUCCAGGGUUUUCCAGCCCACUUUCACCAAGACCUCCCCACUCAUAAAGAAUUCCAUCACGAAGAAUCAAUGGCUCUUAACACCCACCAGGGAAUACGCUGCCAAGACAAGAGUUAGGAUCCACCGUGGGAAAACUGGCCAAGAAUUGAAAGAGGCAGCUUUGGAACCAUCAAUGGAAAAAAUCUUUAAAAUUGAUCAGAUGGGAAGGUGGUUUGUUGCUGGAGGAGCAGCUGUUGGUCUUGGAGCGCUGUGCUACUAUGGCUUAGGAAUGUCUAAUGAGAUUGGAGCUAUCGAAAAGGCUGUAAUUUGGCCUCAGUAUGUGAAGGAUAGAAUUCAUUCUACUUACAUGUACUUAACAGGAAGUAUUGGUUUAACAGCUUUGUCUGCCAUGGCAGUAGCCAGAACACCUGCUCUCAUGAACUUCAUGAUGAGAGGCUCUUGGGUGACAAUUGGUGCAACCUUUGCAGCCAUGAUUGGAGCUGGAAUGCUGGUACAGUCAAUACCAUAUGAUCAGAGCCCAGGGCCAAAGCAUCUGGCUUGGAUGCUUCAUUCUGGUGUGAUGGGUGCAGUGGUGGCUCCUCUGACGAUCUUGGGGGGGCCUCUUCUCUUGAGAGCUGCAUGGUACACUGCUGGUAUUGUGGGCGGCCUCUCGACUGUGGCCAUGUGCGCACCCAGUGAGAAGUUUCUGAACAUGGGAGCACCCCUGGGAGUGGGCCUAGGCGUUGUCUUUGUGUCUUCACUGGGAUCUAUGUUUCUUCCCCCUACCACAGUGGCUGGUGCCACUCUGUAUUCAGUGGCAAUGUAUGGUGGAUUAGUUCUUUUCAGUAUGUUCCUUCUAUAUGAUACUCAGAAAGUAAUCAAACGUGCAGAACUAACACCAAUGUAUGGAGUUCAAAAGUAUGAUCCCAUCAAUUCGAUGUUGAGAAUCUACAUGGAUACAUUAAAUAUAUUUAUGCGAGUUGCAACUAUGCUAGCAACUGGAAGCAACAGAAAGAAAUGAAGUGGCCACCUCUGGUGUCUCUGCUCACUCAUGCUUGUUAAUAGGAGCAGAUAGUCAUUAAAGUUUGCGCUAGCAAAACUCCUUUGUAGAAGAUAAACUGUCAGCAUGUGUAAAGUGUUCAGUA